CCCAUGCAACUGCCUAACUACCUGUCAGGUGUGACAUGGAUGCCCAUUGACCAACCAACAACUGAAGCAUGUGAUCGGGACCACCAUGGAGGAUGCAGAUUACCAGCUGCCUUCUGCCAACUCAGCCAGUGUGGCCCUCCCUUCUCCAUCCUCCUCUUCUUCCUGCGAUGGCACCGAAAGCCUGGCUUUCAAUGGGGAACUGGACCUGCAACGCUAUUCCAACGGGCCAGGAGGGUCAGGGAGUGAAGCUCGACCGUAUCCUUGCCCUAUCUGUGGCAAACGCUUCCGCUUUAAUAGCAUCUUGGCCUUGCAUACACGCAUCCAUACCAGCUCCUACCCUCUCACUUGCCCUUAUUGUGGCCACCGGGCAGGGCAGCGUGCCAGCUUGCGACUCCACCUGCGCUCACACUGUCCUGAGGCUCGUGCCCGCCUCAGCCACCAGAGCCGUCUACUGCUUGAGCUGGAAGAGCGGGCGCUUUUGCGAGGGCAAGAGGAGGAGGAAGAGGAGGAGGAGGAAGAGGAGGAGGAGGAGGAGGAAGAGCCAGUUGCUCCUGUCCCACCCCCACCUCAGCCCAUCUUCCGCUGCCCAUUCUGCAAGGGCAAGUUCCGCACCGCAGGAGAGCGGGAGCGCCACCUCCGCAUCCUCCACCAGCCCUACAAAUGUGGGCAGUGCUCUUUUGCUGCCGCCCAGGAGGCAGAACUGCAGUGGCACAACCAACAGGCACACAGUCUUCCCGCCGCCAGGGUGCCCACCCCUCUUGCCCCUGCCUCUGCCCCCAAGGCAGCCCCGCCCACCCCUCCGGCCUCGGCCCCCACGGCCCCCGCGGUCUCCACUCCGAAUGAGUUCCGCUGCCAGGUUUGCGGCCAAGCCUUCACUCAGUCCUGGUUCCUCAAGGGCCACAUGCGGAAGCAUAAAGACUCUUUUGAUCACAAGUGCCAGGUGUGUGGCCGCGGCUUCAAAGAGCCAUGGUUUCUCAAGAACCACAUGAAGGUUCAUCUCAGCAAGCUGGGCCUUCAGACUGAACAAAGAGGGACCGGCCCUGGCCGGUCAGCACAAAGCUUGCUGGUGGGCUGUGAAGCCCUGUAUCCUUCCCUCCUCUCCCCUCGGCCCACAGACAAGGCUGGGACGGGCAGUUUUCUGGGAUAUAGCGAUGCCAGCUGUGCUGAGCGCCUGCAGGCUACAGCUCGGGCUGUAGAAAGUGGCCAGCAAUGGAGAGAACGCCCCUACACAGCAGGGUCCAAGCUUGCGAGAGAAGACCCAGGAGGGACCCACCGCUGCCCAGAUUGUGCCCGGACCUUCGGCACAUUCCAGCAGAUGUCCUUGCACCGGCAAAGCCACCUGCCCAGAGAGAGAGAGUGGAGCAAAGGGCAGUCUCUAGGCUCUCACCUUCUCACAGGACACUGGCUGCCCACAAACACCAGAGCCUCCACCACAGCCAGCUCCAGUCCAGCUCUGCUAAACCAGGAGGAGAAAGAUAUGCAGGGGCAGUCACGCCUGGACGGAUCCCGACGGGGCACUGGGAAAGACUGUCCAUUCUGUGGGAAGUCCUUCAGGUCUUCCCACCAUCUCAAAGUUCACCUCCGUGUCCACACAGGUGAGCGCCCGUACAAGUGCCCUCAUUGUGACUACGCUGGCACCCAGUCUGGCUCUCUCAAGUACCACCUGCAGCGCCAUCACCGGGAGCAGAAGAGCGCUGCAGCUGCUGCUGCUGCAGCAGCCGCUGCUGCCGGAACACUGGAGCGGUGCCCCAUACCCCUCGCCCCCACUGCAGUCCCUGCCUUUCCCCCUACCCAGCUCACCAAGAGCCAUGGGCCUUUCCUAUCUCUGGGGGGCUUGGGUGCAGCUCGGUCCCGUCCAUCGCGACGCAAGCCUCUGCUCAAUGGGAAAGCUGACUUCCAGCCCUUGGACCUAUCGCUGCGCCCAGCCCUGGCCGGAGGAGCCCUCCACCGCUGUCAGUUUUGCCCCUUUGCCACCUCAGCUCCUGAGCUAAUGGAAUUACACCUUCAAGUCCACCACAGCCGGAAAGCCCGUACCCGGCGCUAUUCUCACACUGCCCCUAAACCUCGGGUGAUGGUGGAGGAUGAGAUGCCUGAAACCCAGAGCCCCCAGAUGAGAGGCCUUGAGUGUCUAAGUCCAAAGGGUGAGGGCAUCAAAACCCAGAACCUCUGGCACUCAGAAGACCAGGGAGAGCCUCCCAUAUCCGAGUUGCCUCGAGGGAAGCGGACCCCUGAUGGAGCAAUAAUUGCUAGUCUUUCUCCUGGAGCUGCACCAGCUCAACAAGGUUGGGACGAUAUGUCACAAGACUCCGAGGAACCCAGACCCGAGGAGAAAUUGCUUGGUUCUGUGGUCCAAAAGGGACCACAUCAGGAGGCAUCUAAGACAGGCCAAGGCCUCAUGGAAUUGCAGAUGGAGCCAGUGCAGGCUUGAGUAUAUCUACUCUACAUAUAUAAACCAGUUUCGAACCUCUUUAACUGUCAUGAUAACUCCCAUUGUGGGGCCCUGGGAACUGUAAGUUCAUUCUGUGAAGUGGACCUCUCUAAUAAAGAAUUCUGAAUGCCCCUAUGAAAACUACAGCUCUCAGAGUUCAUGAGCAGGGGCCUUGGAGAGCCCAUAGCAUAGUGAUAGAGCACAUGCUUUGCAUGCAAUAAAGUUCCAGAUUUAAUCCUUUGUAAUCCCUAGCGAAAAGAGGUAGCAGGGCUCUGAAAGUCCUCUGCUGGUGACCUUGACCUGCCAAAGCAGGCCGAAUGGGGCCGGGUGGACCAAUGAUCUGAUUCAGUAAAAAGGCAGCUUCUAAAGACAGUUAAACCAGUUUCAGAACUGUUUACAUUUGUAGUGUAGAAGUGCAGAAUCCAGGAGAGGCAGCUAGUACAAUGCCUUCCCACAAACGACAGGGUCAUGCGCCCAUCGGUGAGAGGUGUUGGGGUAGAAAGUAGUAGGGUUGUCUUCUUUUUUGGAAGAGGCGUUAUGUCUUUUAACAGCAGCAGGAGAGCCAAAAGAGGCACAGUCGAUUUUUAACAGCACAGGAAGCCCUACCGGGAAAAGCAAAGAAAAAAAUGCCAGCCCCAAGAGGUAAAAUAGAGGAAGGUGGUAAUAUGGCUGGGAUAUGGAGUAGGGCAGUGUUGCUGUAGCAGUCUUUUCUGUUAGUCAUACAGGGUUUGGAGGUGAUACGUUUGGUUGGACAUGAUGGGUUCCACUCCUUUUUCUCUCCUCAGUUUUAGGCUUGAUGCGGCUUCCUUUCAGUGUCACUUCUGAGGAACUGGGCCCUUUUCACUGUUGGCACAAAAAUAAGGUUGAUUUCCCCCUAUAUGGGAAGAGACUCCUGCUGUUUCAUCCGGAAAGGUUUUGUAAAAGGAGAACAUUUCUUCAGUUGCAGUUUCCCCCUCCGUUGUGCUGCUGUGGUAGGGAGAAGUUAAAGCCUGUCAAAAUUCUCCUUUAUCCAUUGAUUAAUGACACAGGAGCCCUUUCCCCAUGAAGCCUUGUUUAUCUUGUCAAGUGCUACAGAGGCAGGCCAGGCCAGACUAACCACUCCUGGCCUGAGGGGAUUUCAAAGUACCUUGUUUUGGGGCCUCAUCUCCAUAGCAACCAGGUGCCACUGUCUCUCUCGUGUGCGUAGCAAGCAACCCAGUGCCAGUAUCUUUAUCUCCGUAGUGAUCCAGCAACAGAUCUUUGUUUCUGUAGUGACCUGGCAUGUCAGGGAGCUUGACAACUUCUAGAGUUUUCUAUUUUUUUAAUGUUUUCUUGUAGAAAAUUUGAAACUGGAAAUAAAAAUUAAAAUGAGCA